CUUUUAGGCUUAGUGGAAGUUACCUCCCGGUAGCCCUUCGGUGCUCACCAUGGCAACCCUCACAUCUCUCCGCUUUCUGUGCUGCGCUGUAAGAGCCCAGGUCCGAGCGAUCCACUGUACCCCUUGCAGGAACGAGGCAGUCGUCAUCUCUGGAAGGAAGCUGGCAAGGCAAAUUCGGCAAGAGGCACGGCACGAAGUGGAACAGUGGGUAGCAGCUGGGAACAAGAGACCGCACCUCAGUGUUGUUCUGGUUGGAGACAACCCUGCUAGCCAUUCUUAUGUGUUAAACAAGACAAAAGCCGCUGCAGAUGUGGGCAUCAGCAGUGAAACCAUACUCAAGCCAACAUCCAUCACAGAAGAGGAGCUGUUGGAUCUCAUCAACAAGCUUAACAAUGAUGAUCAUGUCGAUGGGCUCCUUGUGCAGCUGCCUCUCCCAGAACACUUAGAUGAGAGGGCUAUCUGCAAUGCUGUGACUCCAGACAAAGAUGUAGAUGGUUUUCAUGUGGUGAACGUGGGCAGAAUGUGCCUGGACCAGUACUCAAUGCUGCCGGCCACCCCCUGGGGAGUGUGGGAGAUCAUUAAGAGAACAGGAAUCCCCACUCUUGGUAAGAAUGUGGUAGUAGCUGGAAGAUCUAAAAAUGUUGGGAUGCCCAUUGCAAUGCUGCUGCACACAGAUGGAAGGCACGAGCGCCCUGGAGGUGAUGCCACAGUAACUAUCUCUCACCGCUACACUCCUAAAGAGCAGCUGAAGAUGCACACCAAGAUUGCAGAUAUUGUCGUUGCAGCUGCAGGUAUCCCUAACCUUAUCACAGCUGACAUGAUAAAGGAAGGUGCUGCAGUCAUCGAUGUUGGAAUUAACCGCGUGCAGGAUCCAGUCACCGGCAAACCAAAACUUGUUGGGGAUGUGGAUUUUGAAGGUGUAAGGAAGAAAGCAAGUUACAUCACUCCAGUGCCAGGGGGAGUGGGGCCCAUGACUGUUGCCAUGCUAAUGAAGAACACAAUCAUUGCUGCAAAGAAAAUGAUGAAACCCACAGAGCUGCAAGCCGUUGCCAUGUAACAUCUGCUCCAUGAUUUCAAUAGAACUUUACAUUCCAAACCAACUUCAUGAACAGGCCGAAGAAAAAAAAUGCAAUAUUUGUAUUUAUUGUAGUGAAGCCCCUGGCUUUUUUGGGGGGGGUGGGGUGAAGUUAUUUAUUUGAUACAGAGUUCUUGCUCGGCAUGUGUAAUGUGGAGAAGGCUUUGAUGGAUGCUAGUAGUUAUUUCUUCUGCAUAAAAUGCAAACUCCUUGUGCUGUCAGAGGCCACUGUUACAAGUUGCUGUUACAGAUAAUAAGGUAAAGCCAAAGAGGUAGCUGCAGUUUGCAUCGGUGAUUAGUAAAUGCUGCCUUCUGUACUGGGGUGGGGGGAACAUAUAAAUGCUGCAGUUCCUGCCACCACAGAGCAGCUUUAACGUCAUAGUGCACUGACCAUAACAUUAAGCUGACUAAGCCUGUUGCUGGCUGUAAAUCUGAUUUGCCUGCUUCUAUGGGAGACCACUUACACUCAUAGAAGCAGGCUGGACUCCUUAUGAAAAUGUUCAUAAACAUGGAAUUCAUGUUGGCAGCUGGAUAUCUUGUUAACAUAUAGUAGAAUAAAUCUAGAGCACUUGAACUUGUGGAGUAAUUAGCAAGUCCAUUUGCUCUAGAUUUACUUCUACUCUGUAUAUACAAUGACCUGGAUGAAUGAAAACCUUCAUAGACAUAUCUUUUUAACCUUAUAUUGGGCAAAUUGGCCAGGCUGCUAUCAGAUUUAUGUCUAGACACAGAAGAAAGACAACAGUCCUACCUACUACCAAGUUAUCAUUGUACAAGAUAUUGUUUCAUGGUCAGUUACUCAGGUUUGCAAGUCAAUGAGGGCUCUUGGGUUUAUUUUAAAAACCCAUACAAUCAUAAUUGUCUAUUUUUACUUGUUUUUAUGCUGUGUAUAGUAUGCCUUGAAUGGAGAAUGUGGCAGCGUAUACUAUUCUUUGAAAUGCUGUGGAUGCUGAAAGGGAGAGUUUGAAAGAUCCAGUACACACAAGCCUGCUUUAUCAUUUGUUUCAUGACAUGAAUAAGAUGUAGGUGCCAUUCUGGUAUUAAUUAAAUUCUUAUUCAGUUCUGA